AUGUCCUCAGUAAUCGCAUCAGACAUCCCAUCUCAAACCACCCCAGCAGAAGUCCGCAAAUUCUUUUCCUUUGCAGGCAAAAUUACCAACUUGAUCCCCUUGGGCGACGACGGCAAAGUCAAGAAAUACGAAGUCGUGUUCGCGUCACCCAAAGCCGUAUCCACUGCCCUUUUGCUCAAUGACGCCGAGCUCAACAAUGGAUUCAUCAGGGUCGACGAAAUUAAAGAAAUCACCGAUGGCGAAACUGGCAAAGCUCCGCAAGAUGAUGGCCCCGGCUACGAUGGCGAUGCUCAAAAGACAGGCGAUGCGAAAUACGAUGCAGUUGACCAGGAGAACAAGCCCAAGUAUGGUGUCUUUGCGCAAUUGCUUGCUGAGGGUUACAUUUUGAAAGAUGAAGUUGUCAAGCAGGCUACUGAGUUUGAUAAGCAAUAUGGUAUCAGUGAAGGUUGGGAUAAGUUUAUCGACGACGUUGCCAAGGUUCAACAAGAGGGCAAGAGAUUGGCUGGUUUGAAACAACUGGGUAAAGCUGCCUGA